AUGUUCAAUCGCUUGGCAUCUCGCCCUGUCUCUUCUCUCUCUCGUCCCCUCGCUCGUAAUUUCUCCCAAACUUCGUCACGCAACAUGAAGGUUUUGGCUAUCUUGUACAAGGGUGGCGACGCAGCUACUCAGGAACCUCGUCUCUUGGGUACCGUCGAGAACCAGCUGGGCCUACGCCAGUGGCUGGAGUCGCAGGGUCAUGAAUUCAUUGUCUCCGACAGCAAGGAGGGCCCCAACAGCGACUUCCAAAAGCACAUCACUGAUGCUGAGGUGCUGAUUACUACACCCUUCCAUCCUGGCUACCUCACUCGUGAUCUCAUCGCAAAGGCCAAGAAUCUCAAGAUCUGUAUCACUGCCGGCGUCGGCUCUGACCACGUCGACCUCAACGCCGCCGUCGAGAAGAAGAUCCAGGUCCUCGAGGUUUCUGGCUCCAACGUCGUCUCCGUCGCUGAGCACGUCGUCAUGAGCAUCCUCCUCCUUGUCCGCAACUUCGUCCCUGCCCAUGAGAUGAUCGAGCGCGGCGACUGGCAGGUGUCUGCGAUCGCCCGUAACGCCUACGACCUCGAGGGCAAGGUCGUUGGCACCAUUGGCGCCGGUCGUAUUGGGUACCGUGUCCUGCAGCGUCUGACGCCCUUCGACUGCAAGGAGCUCCUCUACUUCGACUACGCUGACCUCCCUGAGCAUGCCUCGAAGGCGGUCAAGGCGCGCCGCGUCGAGGACCUCAAGGAGAUGGUCUCGCAGUGCGACAUUGUUACGGUCAACUGCCCGCUGCACGAGGGCACUCGUGGGCUCGUCAACGCAGACCUGCUCAAGCACUUCAAGAAGGGUGCCUGGCUCGUCAACACCGCCCGUGGUGCCAUCUGCGACAAGGACGCCGUCGCCGCGGCCAUCAAGAGCGGUCAGCUCAACGGCUACGCCGGUGACGUCUGGAACGUCCAGCCCGCGCCCGUCGACCACGCCUGGCGCACGAUGAAGAACCCGCUCGGCGGCGGGAACGGCAUGGUGCCCCACUAUUCCGGCACGACGCUCGAUGCGCAGGCCCGCUACGCCGCUGGCACCCGCAGCAUCCUCGAGAACUACCUCACCGGCAAGGCACAGGAGCCGCAAAACAUCAUCGUCGGCCUCGGCAAGUACGAGACCAAGGCUUACGGCCAGCGUUGA